AUGAAAGUGCGCUAUCUCGGCCUCAUCGUGGACCACCGGCUCAAGUGGCAGCCGGCAGUGGCUGCCCUGCGCAAGGGAACCAAACGGGUGGCGAGUGCCGCGCGCACCCUCUUGGCCCGCGGUCAGGGCUGCUCCCCCACCUUGGCACUGCGACUCUACAAUUCGGUGGCCUCGGCGAGAUUACUGUACGGCCUGCCGCUCGCUGACCUCAGCCCAGCGAAGUGGGAGGCACUGGAUAUGGAUCACCGAGCCGUUGUUCGACAACUCCUGUGCCUCCCACACACGUCACCAGUGGGCGCCACACUCGCCGAGGCUGGCGAGACCCCUAUCUCCCUGCGCGCCGUGGGGAGGGCGCUGGGCCACGUUGAGCGACUGCAUCGUUCGUCACACGGGCAGCAGCUGAUUGACCGGUUUCGUUCCCUGCCCAACUCCGGCAUGGGGCGCCGCGUCGUCGAGUUCGCCAGCCUUGUCGGCGCGGGACCGUCGUGUGCGUGGCUGCCGCCCCCUCCGCAUCGCCGCCGCCGUCUAGACAUUCGCAUCACCGUGCCUGGGGUCCGGGGAAAGCGCAACACCGCCGCCUGCGCCCUGCGACAGGAGACGGCCGCGGUGAUCGAGGAGCAGCUCGCCGGCCGCGUGCUGGUGUACACUGACGGCUCUGUACUCCGGGACGGCGCGGCUUCGGCGGCGUGCGUUGCCCCCGAGCUCUCGGCGCAGUUCCAGUGCCGUGUCCUGUGUGCUGUGUCGUCAACGCAUGCCGAGCUGGCCGCCAUUGACCUGGCUGCCGAGCUGCUGCUCCAGCUUCCUGUUCAGCGAGCGGCCGUCCUGACGGACUCACGAGCGGCGCUCUCCAUUCUGGCCGGAGAAGAUCACGGCCCCACGCUCGCUCGCCGGCUCCGGUGCAAGCUUGACGGCGUUUGCGAGCGGGGAUGCGACCUCGUGUUCCAGUGGGUGCCUUCUCACAUUGGCCUGCAGGGAAACGAGGAAGCAGACCGGCUCGCAAAGGAGGCCCAUUCCUCGUCGGUCCCGUUGUCGCGGUUCGUGACGCGGUUUGACGUCGCCCGCCACUCCGUGGCCGGCUAUGUGAGGACGCAGCACCCCGACCCUCGCGUCGCCGGCGGCAUUCCCCCCAGGUUGCUGCCCCGCAGAGGCCUGAGCCGGCGAGACCGCGCUCUCAUCCUGCGACUCCGCAUCGGCUGCGCCCGGACGGCCGAAAGGUUGCAUCGGCUGACGGGUGAGGGCUCGCCGUCCUGUGGGGAGUGCGCCGACGUCGAGACGGUUGAGCACGCCCUCCUCCAGUGCCCCGCGCGUGCAUCGGAGCGCGACGCACUUGUCGCGGCAUACCAUCGCCUCGGGUUGCCCGCGGAUACCACACGGCAACUCCUGUUCCCAGCCACACACCCCUCCAUUGCCAGACACGCCUUCGCGUCGUUACUUGUUUUCUUGGAGGAUGCCGACCUGCGCUCUCGGCUGUGA